UGGACACGGGGCGGUUCCGCCGGGUGGCGCGGGGAGAAAGGAAGUGCCCUUUUAUGGAAUGCCGAGAAUUUCACAGCCGCACAACAGCUUCCGGUUGGGUGUGUACGCGUAGCGGAGUCCGUCCGUUUCAAAAAUAAACUGCAAAUAUCUGCUGGUUUUCUCCACCGCCGCUCCACCGCCGCUCCACCGACGCGCGGCAGAAGCUCCACCGUACCGUAUCGUGACUCGGUCGCCGCCUGGCGGCAGUGUGCAGCACAGCAGACAUGUCGAAGUCUCUGAAGAAGAUCGUGGAGGAGAGCCGCGAGAAGAACCUCCCCGAAGUGGACAUGUGCGACAGGGGGGUUUCUAACAUGUUGGACGUUCCGGGACUCUUCACGCUGUCCAACAUCACUCAGCUGGUCCUCAGCCACAACAAGCUCACAACGGUGCCCCCCAACGUCUCGGAGCUGAAGAAUCUGGAGGUCCUAAACAUGUUCAACAACCAGAUUGAGGAGCUGCCCACGCAGAUCAGCAGCCUGCAGAAGCUCAAACACCUUAACCUCGGUAUGAACCGUCUGAGCGGCCUACCACGAGGAUUUGGGUCUCUGCCUGCUCUGGAGGUUUUGGACCUCACCUACAACAACCUUAACCAAAGCUCCCUACCAGGAAAUUUCUUUUACCUCACCACUCUUCGUGCUCUCUACCUCAGCGACAAUGACUUUGAGAUGUUGCCCCCUGACAUCGGCAAGCUGACCAAGCUGCAGAUACUGAGUCUGAGGGAUAAUGAUCUGAUCUCGCUGCCCAAGGAGAUUGGUGACCUGGCCCAGCUCAAGGAGCUCCAUAUCCAGGGCAACAGGUUGACUGUGCUGCCCCCUGAACUCGGGAACCUGGAUCUGACGGGCCCCAAGCAGGUCUUCAAGGCAGAGAACAACCCCUGGGUCACUCCCAUCGCCGACCAGUUCCAGCUGGGGGUCUCUCAUGUCUUUGAGUAUGUCCGCUCAGAGACCUACAAGUAUCUGUACGGCAGACACAUGCAGGCCAACCCCGAGCCACCGAAGAAGAACAGCGACAAGAGCAAGAAGAUCAGCCGCAAGCCUCUGGCCGCCAAGAACAAGUGAGGCAGGAGGAAGAGGAGGGGCCUUCUGCAUGUGCCUUCAUCACCUGUGCUCUCUACUUACUUGCCACUGUGUUUUAUACCGCUCUGCCAGCGUGUUCCCUUUAAACAGGACUGCUGUGGAGAUGCUAACGCCAGCAUUCGGACCAUACGGUACCAUGCAGACGGACGUGUCCCGUGUUGGGCUGGUUUCAAACUAACAGGAGGUUCUGUCUCAGCAACACUGGGACCGCCACCCUGUUUGGACCGUUCUCUAUGCUUUCCUUUGAGUUUUCCUUUCUUUCUUUCUUUCUUUUUCCAGGGUUCUGCAUGCGGAUGUAUUGUUUGUCUUUCACUUUGUAUAUGAGAGGUGUGUGUUACACAACACUGUGCUCCCAUGUUAGUCAGCUACACACACACACCCACACACACACACACACACACACACAUCCUACACAACCACCAGCCACUUCUGCCUACCAAAAUAAUAUACAGCGGCGCAGUGGGCAGUGGAUAGUGUGGUCGCCUCACAGCAAGAAGGUCCUGGGUUCGAGUCCCGGGGUAGUCCAACCUUGGGGUGGUCCCGGGUCGUCCUCUGUGUGGAGUCUGCAUGUCUCCCCGUGUCCGCGUGGGUUUCCUCCGGGGGCUCUGGUUUCCUCCCACAGUCCAAACACAUGUAGGUCAGGUGACUCGGCUGUACUACAUUGUGUGUGUGUGUGUGUGUGUGUGUGUGUGUGUGUGUGUGUGUGUGUGUGUGUGUGUGUGUUUGUGUGGGCCCUGUGAUGAUGGCUUGGCAGCCUGUCCAGGGUGUCUCCCCGCCUGCCACCCAAUGACUGCUGGGAUAGACUCCAGCAUCCCUGCAACCCUGAGAGCAGGAUCAGCGGUUCGGAUAAUGGAUGGAUGGAUGGAUGGAUGGAU